AUGGAGAGCAUCUCAGCACUCACCCUGAGUGGGGGUACCAACAUCAAGUCUGGCUGUGCCUUUUUCUGCCAUACGCCCUCUGUUUCCAAGUCUGAACUGGAACCCCGAUCUCCACCAGUCCUCAGCGCGCGAGGCAGCGGAGAGGACGAGCGCGAGGAGGAGGAGGAGGAGGAGAGCGAAGAGCAGAGGACAAGUCACCGCAGCAUCCCUCCCUCCCUCUCCGCCACAGAAGAAGGGCCCUGGGGCCGCUGCAUGGGCAACGAGUGCGGCCCUGGGGGUCGUCAGAGUCGGGCCGUGUGGUGCACCCAUGUGGAUGGCUGGACUACCCUGCCCACCAACUGUCCCCCAGCUGUGCGGCCUGACAACCAGCAGAGCUGCUUCCGUGUGUGUGACUGGCACCGGGAGCUGUAUGACUGGCGGCUGGGCCAGUGGAGCCCAUGUGUUCCUGUGGCUCUGCGCUCGGGUGGAGAGGUCCCACCUCCUGCGGCUCCUCCUCCUUCCUCUGUGUGCACUGGCAGAGAGGAGGGCAUCCAGACACGGGAGGUGGCCUGCGUACGAACCUCUGACGGGGCCCCUGCGGAUGAUGCCAUCUGCGAGUACUUUGAGCCGAGGCCCCGGCUGGAACAGGCCUGUCUCAUCCCCUGCCCACGUGACUGCGUGGUCUCCCAGUUCUCCCCCUGGACCGGCUGCUCCAAGGCCUGUGGCAUCGGCCUGCAGAACCGUGUGCGCAACGUGCUGGCGCCGCCGGCCUUCGGCGGCACGCCCUGCCCAAAUCUGACAGACUUCCAGACGUGCCAACCUCGGGCCUGCGAGGGCCAGGAGGGCCUGUACAGCCUGAAGGUUGGGCCCUGGAGCCCUUGUGCACUCCUGCACUCGCGCUCCACUCGGCAGGCCAAGCGCAGGAGGAACAAGGAGAGGAAUCGGGGCAAAGGUGGCCCCAGGGAUCCAGACACACAGGAGCUCAUUAAGAAGAAACGUAAUCGUAACCGACAGAACCGGCAAGAAAGCCAGCUUUGGGACCUUCAGGUGGGCUACCAAAGCCGAGAGGUGACCUGCAACCACAGGAACGGCAGUCCUGUUGCGCUCAGCCUCUGUCGGCAGGAGGACCUUCCUGUGACCUUUCAGUCAUGCAUCAUGCCCAGGGACUGUGUCGUGAACGAGUGGUCUGCCUGGGGUCCCUGCUCUAAGGACUGCUAUGACCCCAACACCCCUGAGGGUGUCCGGUCCCGGAUCAGGCAGGUGCAGCUGCUCCCUGUGGGGGGAGGUACUGUGUGUCCCUCCCUGGAGGAGUCUGAGCCCUGCUCCCCUAAAGCAGACGAGGUCCCACCCUGUCCAACUUACGGCUGGAAGACCACUGAAUGGAGCGAAUGUCGAGUGGAUGUGCUACUAAGCCAGCAGGACAGGCGCCGUAGCAACCAGACAGGCCUCUGUGGAGGUGGGGUGCAGAGCAGGGAGGUCUACUGUGUCCAGACCAAUGCUGACCUGCUCACAUACCUCAGCAAUCUCAAGGACAAAGAAGGAGAUCAGUCUCAAGGAAAGCAGAAGCCUAGCACUCCCCCAUUGCUUUCCAUCACGUUUGAGAUUACAGCCACCCGUCCAGUGGAUAUGGACCUAUGUACGGGUCCUGCCCCAAACACGACUCAGCUCUGUCAUAUUGCUUGUCCUGUUGAGUGUGAAGUCUCCUCUUGGACAGCUUGGGGCCCAUGCACCUUCGAGAACUGUGAUGAUCAAGCUGCGAAGAAGGGUUUCAAGAUGAGGAAACGGAAGAUUAUAAAUGAACCUUCUGGCGGUAGAGGAAACUGCCCCCACCUGGUGGAGGCUAUACCGUGUGAUGAGCCCACCUGCUAUGAGUGGCAGCUGGUCAAGCUGGAGGAGUGUGUACCAGACACUGGGACAGAAUGCGGACCGGGAACACAAAUUCCGAAAGUCCAGUGCAUUAACAGCAGUGGUGACAUGGUGGACCAACAAUUGUGUCGAGAUGCCAUCUUCCCCAUGCCCGUGGCCUGCGAGGUGCCCUGUCCAAAAGACUGUGUCCUGAGCCCCUGGUCCCAGUGGUCUCUUUGCUCUCAGACCUGCUCUGGCAAAACCACUGAGGGCAAGCAGAUGAGGGCUCGCUCCAUCCUGGCAUACAGCUCUGGAGAAGGAGGCAUCCCGUGCCCCAACAACAGCGCUCUGCAGGAGGUGCGGAGUUGCAACAAUCAUCCUUGCACGGUGUAUCACUGGCAGACAGGUCCCUGGGGUCAGUGCACUGAGGACACUUCGAUCACCAUCUCUGCGGGCAACGGCACAGCUGGCUUAGGCGGUGAUGCCACCUGCUCUGUUGGUGUACAGGUCCGGAAAGUCAUCUGCGUUCGAGUCAACGUGGGCCAGGUGCCACCAAAGAAGUGUCCUGAGAGCCUUCGCCCAGACACUGUGAGGCCUUGUCCGCUGCCUUGUAAAAGGGAUUGUAUCGUCACCAGCUUUAGCGAAUGGACCCAAUGUCCUUCCACCUGCCAAGAAGGUGGAAACGUAAAGAGCAAGCAAUCUUGGAAUCGCAUCAUCAUCCAGUUGCCAACCAAUGGGGGUCAGGAAUGUCCUGAUGUGUUGUAUGAAGAAAGAGACUGUGAACCUCAACCUGUUUGCCAAGGAUACAGGUGGAAGACGCACAAGUGGCGUCGCUGUCAGUUGGUCCCCUGGUACAUUCGCCAGGACAGUCCUGGAGCACAGGAGACCUGCGGUCAAGGCCUGCAAACCAGAGCCAUCUCAUGCCGGAGGCAAGAUGGUGGUCCAGCAGACAUCAGAGAGUGCCUGAAGUCUGCCAACUCUAUGCCAGCCAUCACCCAGCCCUGCCAGCUCCCAUGCCAGGAUGACUGCCAGCUCACCAACUGGUCUAAGUUCUCCCAGUGCACUGCAGAUUGUGUGGGUGUAAGGACACGGAAGAGGGCUCUUGUGGGGAAGAGUAAGAAGAAGGAUAAGUGUAGGAACCCCCAGAUGUACCCCCUGAGUGAGAUCCAGUACUGCCCAUGCAAUAAGUAUAAUGCCCAGCCUGUGGGUGAGUGGUCAGAUUGCAUCCUUCCUGAGGGCCGAGUGGAGGGGACCCUUGGGAUGAGAGUCCAGGGUGACGUCAAGGAGUGUGGCCAGGGCUACCGCUAUCAGGCCAUGGCAUGCUAUGACCAGAAUGGCCGCCUGGUGGAGACAUCCCGCUGCAACAGCCAUGGGUACAUCGAGGAGGCGUGCAUCAUCCCCUGCCCAUCGGACUGUAAACUGAGUGAAUGGUCCAACUGGUCCCGCUGCAGCAAGUCGUGUGGCAGUGGGGUCAAAGUUCGCUCCAAGUGGCUGAGAGAGAAGCCCUACAACGGCGGUCGUCCCUGCCCCAAACUUGACCACGUCAGUCAGGCACAGGUGUAUGAGGUAGUGCCCUGUGUGAGUGACUGCAGCCAGUAUAUUUGGGUGGCCGAACCUUGGAGCCUCUGGAAGGUCAGCAACGUAGACCUAAAGGAGAACUGUGGUGAGGGGGUUCAAACUCGCAAAGUCAGAUGUAUGCAGAACACGGUCGAUGGACCUGUAGACGCAGUUGAGGAGUACCUGUGUGACCCAGAGGAGAUGCCACUUGGGGCCCAGGAGAGCCGUCUGCCAUGCCCUGAGGACUGUGUUCUCUCCAGCUGGGGGCCUUGGAGCCUUUGCAAUCUGCCAUGCAAUGGGUUCAACAGAAGAGAACGGAUGGCAUACCCAGUUCGGCUGCCAGGCAUGGGGAAACAAUGUCUUGUUUCUAAGCAGUCUGAGGCCUGCAUGUUGAACAAGAACUGCUACCACUACACUUAUAACAUCACAGACUGGAGCACCUGUCAGCUGAGUGAGAAGGCUGUGUGUGGGAAUGGCAUCAAAACACGUCUGUUGGACUGUGUGCGCAGUGAUGGGAAGUCCGUCGACCUCAAGUUCUGCGAGGAGCUGGGCCUGGAGAAGAAGUGGCAGAUGAAUGCAUCCUGUGUGGUGGAGUGUCCGGUCAACUGCCAACUCUCUGACUGGUCACCAUGGUCCCAAUGCUCCCAGACCUGUGGACUCAUAGGGAAGAUGUGGCGCAGGCGGGAGGUGAUCCAGCCUUCCCAGGGUGACGGCCGGCCCUGCCCUCCAGAGAUGGAGCAGUGGAAGCCCUGUCCCGUCCAGCCCUGCUACCGCUGGCAGUAUAGUCCGUGGUCUGAGUGCAGGGUCCAGGAUGCCACGUGCGGGGAGGGCCUCCGUCAACGGAACGUAUCCUGCUUUGUGUCGGACGGCUCCCAGGAUGGAGAGGAGAGCAUGGUGGAAGAGGAACUCUGCGGAGGCCUGGAGAUGGCUGUGGAUGGACAGAAGCAAUUCACUUUGGAGGAGAUGUGCACAGUGCCCUGCCCAAGUGACUGUUACCUGAUGGAAUGGAGCCCUUGGAGCUCCUGCCAGACCAUUUGCGUAAAUGGCGUCGACCAAGGCUUGGGAUCCGUGCAGGUGCGCUCACGGCCUGUCAUCGCCCAAGAGCCCGAGAACCUACUGCAGUGCCCAGAGCAGGCCUGGGAAACUCGACCAUGUAUAGGUGGGCAGUGUUACAAAUACCAGUGGAUGACGGGCAAGUGGCAAGGAUCUUCGCGACUUGUGUGGUGCCAACGCUCUGAUGGAUUAAAUGUCACGGGUGGAUGUCCAGUCAGCAUCAAGCCAGUAACGGACAGGUCAUGUGACCCACCUUGUGACAAGCCACAGUCCUACUGCAGCGAGGUGGGCGUGUGUGUGUGUGAGGACGGAUACACGGAGGUCAUGACAUCGGAUGGGCUUCUGGACCAGUGCACCCUGAUCCCUGUUCUGGAGAUCCCUGCAGCCGGAGGUACAAAGGGCGACGUGAAGACCAGUCGAGCUGUUGACCCCACGCAACCAGCAGCCGAGCAGCCUGGGAAGUUUGGCCGUGCCUGGUUUCUGCAGCCUUUCGGUCCAGACGGCAUGCUCAAGACAUGGGUGUAUGGUGUAGCUGUAGGAGCCUUGGUGCUGCUCAUUUUUAUAGCAUCUAUGAUCUACCUAGCUUGCAAAAAGCCAAAGAAAACACAGAAACGACAAAACAACAGGUUAAAACCUUUGACUCUGGCCUAUGAUGGUGAUGCUGACAUGUAACAUCCUGGGAUGCACCGCGAACUUAAAUCCCUAGUUGACUCGCAACAGAUGUUCUCCAUUCUUGCCUUGUUUCCUGAAACCGUGGAUUAACAUGUGGAACUGUGAAAGAUGGCAAAUUUGCCACAGAACAUGAAAUCUCAAGGAAAUAAUGGAACAGGAUGAAUGGCUGUCAGCGAAAACAAAUUGUAGCCUACAUCAUUUCCUCAUGUUUUCUAUUAUUUUGCACAAAGGCCUUCAAAAAAAAAAAAACCUGCAGACUAUAACAUAACUGCCUUCUCUUUCUGCGGUUUUCCACUUUGCCAUUCAUAGGAUAGAAGAAGUUUUUUUGAAGCUAUGGUGACCGUAUAGUUGGUCUGUCUUUCAUUUGUUCUCUUCUGGAAGUAUAGAGGACAGAGAUUUCCUGGCCGUGAAAUGACAACACAGAACAUUUUGGUCAAAAAUGAAGCUACAGAAGGAGCAGGAUAAGACCCAUUAGAAGGCUAUACUCCAUCUACAGUGGUCCAAAAGUAAUAAAUACCAUCUUUUAAGACCUUGAAACGUUUUUGUUCCCUUUAGCUUUACCACCCUGGCUCCACUGCAUUUCAGUGUAAAAAUGUACAAAUCCGGA